GGGCUUGAUCGAGAUUGGACUAGGAGAAAGACUGACCGACCGAGCUCAGCUCGCCGUGACGGCGACCGGGCGACGGAACUCGGGAGCUCUGACCUUCCUCGUCCCUUCUGGCGGCUCUCUUCUACGGUUGGUCACUCCUGCUUCCUUCCCGUUCCAGAGCCAUCCCCACACCUGGAACGGAGCUCCAGUUCCUCUAUCGGCCCGAGGGCAUUGGGUUUCUUGAUGGGAGACAGCACCAGGCACGAACGUUGGGAUGGCUGGCUGCGGAGACCUGCGUUGGGAUUGAACAGCCUGAUGCAGAUUCCCGAUAAGAUUCAGAGCUCUCUUAAGGUGCAUUUUGGGCGUUUCUUGAACAAGGAUGGUCAUGGCCGCCGCAUGAGUGCUGAGGUAUCGUCAGAGAAGGCGAAACAGUCGUGUUCUGCUGCUGCUUCAGCUUCUGCGGAGUUUCGCUUGGAUAGGCAGCUCCAAGCUUGGUGGGACAAUCCUAGCUGGACCGACGAGCCGCCAGAAAUAAAGGUGACUGUACCAGAAGAUUCCCUUUGCAACCUCAAUCUGAGAUUUAAGGCAGGGUUACCACCAGAUGCAGUAUACAACAUCAUAAUUGAUCCAGAGAACAAAAGGGUGUUCAAGAAUAUCAAGGAAGUAAUAUCUAGGAAAGUCUUGCUUGACGAAGGAUCAAGACAAAUAGUUGAAGUGGAGCAGGCAGCAAUCUGGAAGUUCCUGUGGUGGUCUGGCAUCUUAUCCGUUCAUGUUUUUGUUGACCAGAACAGAAAAAAUCACACUGUAAAGUUUAGGCAGGGGCGGACCGGUUUUAUGAGGAAAUUUGAGGGUUGCUGGAAGAUAGAACCCCUUUUUGUUGACAAGGAAUUAUGUCUUCCUCUAGACCCACAUACAUUGGAGGAAUAUGAAUCUUGUACUGGUGGCAGGGGAAGAGUUGGAUGUGCCAUUACCUUGGAUCAGCUUAUCGAGCCUGCUCUUUUACCCCCACCACCCAUUUCGUGGUACGUGAGAGGGAUUACCACAAGGACAACUGAGAUGCUGGUGAAUGACCUGAUAGCAGAAACUGCUCGAUUGCGGGGCAUCUCAAACAACACCGUUACCAAGCAAGAUACUGAAGAAAUGGGUGGUGCUAGCCCAAGUGAUCCAACAAGAGAGUCUGGUGACAUUAAGGAAAGGUGGCGACAGAGAAGAAAAAGUGGACGGCAUGGAUCGUCCCUUAGAUUAUCAAGUCAAUUGUUGUAAGAUAAGCUAUGAAGCAGUACUCAUUUUAGGGCCCAUUUAUCUGUAUCUUAGUUUUUAAGGUUUUGCUGGUUGUAGUUAAUAUGGUGUAAGAUGGCUCUUUGUGAACAUGUACAAGCUGGUUGUUCAAUAAUUAUAUAUAUUUUAUAUGAAUAAAAUUUUACUUGCUCCAA